AUGAAUUCUAGAGAAUAUUUUGAAAAGAUUAAACAUUAUUCGGCGAAUGAAGAAGGAUCACAAGUGGCUGAUCUAUUAACAAUAAGGGCAACAACUUUUAUUCAACAAUUAGCUUUACUUUUCCAACAUUUGAAACAGCAAAAUCUGUGUAAAAAUGUUAUAAAAUCAAUUAGGGCUUCAACAGAUUUACCGUCUUUUGGACAAUUUCCCAGAGCACAUCAGGUGACUUUUCUGUAUUAUCAAGGAUUACUUGCUUUUCUUGAAGCCGAAUAUCCUCAGGUAUUUAAAUUUGGCUCACUAAUUUUGCAAUUUCAUUUUCUCAGUGUUUUACCAUCACCGGAUGUACUUUCUCGGUAUCCUAACUUAGAAACUUUGUACAAACCAUUCAUUGAUGCCAUUAGAGAUGGUAAUGUUAAAAAGUUUGAUGACGCACUCGCAAAGUUUGAAUUAAGAUUAGUUGCUCAAAACACGUUCCUGACUGUUGAACUGGCACGGGAGAUUGCAAUGAGAGUCUUAUUCAAGAAAGUGUAA